AUGAGCUCAGAUUCCGAGGAGAGCCGCUCCAGUGCUCCCAGAAACCACCAAGAUGAAAGCGCACAGGACGACUUUGCAGACGGAGCAUCGGUAGAUCAAAAUGGGAGCAUGGAGGAGGAUGUGCCGGGUGACAAUGGCACAGAAGACGAAGACGCCGAAGAAGAGGAGCUCGAAUCGAUAGACCACGGGGGUAAUGGCCUGACCUUCCAUAGAGUCAGGAGUCGAGGAGUGCAUAACAUCCUCUUCCAACAUCAGCCAGAUGAAGCAGAAACACCGCAGGCGCCAUGGGAGGUAGUGCGGUGGACCAAGCUGAAGAAGAUCACUGGACAAGUCUUCUCAGAGAUAGGAAAGCGCAACUUUGGCCGCCCAACAUGCCUCAAUGUUGCGGCCUCGCUUGCCAUUGGAACCUCCAAGGGCUUUAUCCUGAUUUUCGACUAUCAGCAGGUCUUGAAGUCCAUCAUUGGCCCUGGCACAAAAGCCAUUGAGUGUGGUGCUGUGACAUCACUAGCCAUCUCGGCUGAUCACUCAACUGUCGCGGGUGGCCAUGCGACCGGCAACAUCUUCACCUGGGAGCUCGCCAAACCAGCUAAGCCGUUUCUGCAUAUUCCGCCAUUGGAUCGCACAAAUUUGGAUGAUCGCAAGUCAGAUGGCCACAUCUCAGGGGCGGCUGUACUACAUCUCGGUUUUCUUGGCACACGGCACACUGCUCUUGUGUCGGCCGAUGACGCUGGAAUGGCAUUCUCGCAUCUCGCUACACGUGGACUAGGUGCUAUCGCGCGAACAGUCAAAACCACCAGGAUCCUAGGCAGAUAUCCACUGUCAGCCAAGUCCGUAGAGAAACCGCGAAAGCCAAGUUCCGUGCUCGCUUUCGCGCCGUUGCCAUUGGGGAACGUCGAGCAGCCUACAGAUGACAUGGGCUUGACUGCGCUGCUCACACCUUACCUGCUGGUCAUAGUUUCGACGACUCCCCUUGCACAGACGCAACACAAAGCGCCGCGUCCGAAAGACGUCGAGCCCCAUAGCGCACUGAGCGGAUGUCUCGCCUGGUUCCCUGCUGUGAAGUUGAAGAAUCCUUCUAACGAUGUCAACAAGAAGUCCGUGUCAAAAACCAAACUAGUGUACUGCUGGUCCAAUGUCUUGACUAUCCUGGACGUAGAAUCGCUUAGUGCUCCGCCAACAGAGAAAGAGAAACCAACAGAGCUCAAAUUUAAGCCGAGAAGUCGGUGGAAAGCAGAAGAAGCUGUCGUCGCAGUGCAAUGGCUCAGCAGAUCAGUGCUGGGUGUACUAACGAUCAGCCAGCGGCUGAUUAUCCUUGAAGACACCACACUACGCAUGACAGACUCGUUUGACUUGCUACAAAAGCACAUCUACUUUUCUGAUUUGUUUUCCCGGCAGCUAAGGCAUGUCAUCGAACAACAUAAUGAGGAAGAUGACUCCAUGCAUGGCGUCGUUGCCAACGCGUUCUACAUGAGCUUCCGAGCUUAUAAAGGAAGAUUGUUUUUGCUAGGCUUCAACGAUGUCUCGAUCGGAACACUGUCAAACUGGGCAGAUCGCUUGAUGGCACUUAUGGAGGAUGGCGACUACAUUGCUGCCAUAGGCCUAGCAACUUCAUACUACAUUGGCGAUGCAGAUAAACUGACGGUAGGACUUCCAGAAGAUGACCAAGCACGCCAUGCGCUUGUUCAAGAGAAAUUGCUUGACAUGAUCACUGCGUCCCUGAAGUAUACAUUCACGAGAAAAGAUGAAGAUGAAGACGCGCGAGAGACACGCCUCAAAGAGCUUGCGGAAGUCUGCUUCACCGCAUUGAUCAGCAUGAAAGAGCUAGACUUCUUGUUUGAGGAUGUAUACGAUGCAUUUGAGGAUGGUUCAGCGGAGAAGGCAUUCUUCGAGACGCUCGAGCCGUACAUAUCGGACGACGAGAUCACGGACGUACCGCCGAAUGUACUCAAGGAUCUGAUCACCUUUUAUGCAUCUGCCAAUCGAGGCAGUAGGCUUGAGGAGAUGUUAUGUCGACUGAGCACUGACACCAUGGAUAUCAACCAGGUCACCAUGUUGUGCCAGCAAUACGUGCUCUACGAUGCUCUUAUUCACGUCUGGACGCGCGCUCUAGGUGAUUUCAUCACGCCGCUCACCAACAUCCUAGACCUUGUCAAGCUGGUAGACUUUGACGUCGAUGAGACGGAGAACAUCUACAUGACGUCGGCGAAGAAGAUCUUUGCAUACCUGGCAUACACUUUUACGGGUCGCUUGUAUCCUGGAGGCACUUUCAUGGAAGACGAGCAAGCAUACAGCGCAAAGAAAGACAUGUAUCGCUUCCUGUUUUCGGGUAAGAAUCUGCAGUGGCCGCCAGCCUCUGGCCAGGUUAUCUUGACUCGAAACGACAACAGCGAAGAACCUCCAUUUCCCUACCUCUCACUCAUUCUCGACUUCGACGCAUCAAGCUUUAUGAGUAUGCUUAACGAGGCUUUUGAAGAUAGCUUCCUCAACGGUGAUCAAGAAGGACUGAACGGGGCCCAGACCAACGGUAUUCAGCGAGGAUCUACCCUGACGCCUACACGCCAGUACAUCAUCAACAUCCUCUUUGGUAUUAUGACGCCCGAGAACUUUGAUCCGGAAGAUAUCAUCUACUUCUACAUGUUUGUGGCAAGGAACUUGCCCAAAUAUCCACAGCACAUCAUGUUACCUGGUACCAAACUGCAGCAGGUCCUUGUCGGCUUGUGCGAUUAUCCUACGGAGUCUAUUAAAGAGGACUGCCAGCUAUCCGUGGAAUACCUUUUGUCAAUGUACCAGCCACCGAACCCACAAGAUCUGGUACCGCUCUUCGAAACAGCCGGGUUUCAUCGCGUGCUCAAGACGGUAUACAGAGGCCAACAACAGUGGGCAAAACUGCUGGAGACGUACCUAGACGACGCAGAGGAUCAGGAAGCAGUCUUUGGCUGCAUGAGCGACCUGUUGCGGCCAAGCAAGGGUCUCAUUAAGAAGCAGAUCAACGAAGUCAAGGCUGUCAUCGUCCGUCGUGCGACUGAUUUAGCUGAGAUCGAUCCGGCACAGACCGCUGUCACGCUGAAAAGAUAUGCCCCAGAUCUUCUACAAUCAACACUAGACGCUCUCGAUGAUAACGCUGAUGCUCAGUAUCACUAUCUUGAGGCUCUAAUCGAGCCAGAAAAUGCACAAGAAGGCACUGUCGCCAUAAUCGACGAGACUCUGCCCACGGGCUUCGUCGAACGAUAUGUGCAGCUCAUGUGCACAUACAACAGCUCUCAUGUCGCAGAUUUUGUUGGCCUUCUCAACUCAGGCGAUCUGAGACUGGAUCCUGUAUUGCCUGCGCUAGAGAAGAGCGGAGUUAUUGACGCUGCUGUUGUUCUCAUGGCGCGCGACGGUCUCGUCAGAGACGCCAUGGAUCGUCUUAUCAAGCACUUGGGUACACUGGAAACUGCUUUGACAGGCCUCAUCAGCGCUGCUGCAGAGACACCUGACGUCGCAAAUACGGAAGAAGCGGUUCACGAUCUGCUUGAAGACAUCAACAAAUAUGUCAAAGUCGGCAUAUGGUUAUGUCAAGGUCAAACCAGAUCGUCAGAUCGAACACCCGAAUCCCUUGCCGACAGACGAAAGUCUGCCUACGGUGAGGUCCGCGAAACCGAUCUCGCCCUCAACGAACUCCUCUGGCUCGAUCUCAUCGACACAGUCCCCGCAUCGUUUCGACCCUCCGCUCUUCCGUCCAACAAACCUUCUCCGCCCCUCCUCACAUCCACCACCAUCCCACCUAACAAACAAGGCCCCACCAUAUCCCCAACGACAAACACCCGCCCUCCCAUCCGCCAUACUGCAUCCCAACCCCAAUCCAACCCCUCCUUCCUCCGCAUCCUCCGCUGCUUCCUCACCCGCGCCACACACACAUACUCACCCUCGCUCGCGCACCUGCGCUCCGUGCUAGCCGAAAUCUUCGCAGCGUACACUUUCGAAGAGACGAUCCUCUCGCUCGCGAACCGCUUUCUCGACAAAGAAGGCUUCGAAACCGUGCACGAAGUUACCGAGCGUAGGAAGAGGGGUUGGCGACCGCGCGGACAGGUGUGCGAGGGCUGUGGGAAGAGGUGCUGGGGGCCUGGGACGGGCGGCGGGGUGUGGGCGGCGUGGGAGAAGAAAGAAGGAGAAAGGCGGGCGAGAGUGGUUGGGUUAGGGAUGGAUGAGGUUGGGGGAAAGAGUAAGGGGAAGAGACCGAGUGUGGCGGAAGGAGUUGAGGAGGUGAAAGAAGAGGAUGGUGGGAAGUUGGUGCUUUUUGCGUGCAGGCAUUUGUGGCACAAGGCGUGUUUGGAGCAGAGGGCUGAGAAGGAGAGUGCUGGGGAGGAAGGGAAGGGCAGGGUGAGGUGUUACGCUUGUAUAUAG